UUAUUUUUCAACUUUAUAAUAAAUUGUGCGGCACCCCCUAAUUUUGUUUAUUUUUAGAUAAUAAUGAUUUUUGUUGAGUUUCGUAAGAUUUACUUACCCCCUUCGGGUGCCGAAUGAGGGUUGAAAAUUCACUGAAUAGGGUGGUUUUUUAGUUUUCGGCUAAUAUCUCAACAACAAAAGCUCAAAACGAAAAAUUGUAUAGAAUAAAAAUUAUAGACCUUAAUAUUUUCUAUAUAAAUUGUAUCUUUACAAAUUCUCGUAGGUUGAUUUUUUUCCUCGCCAGGACAAAAACAAAAAAAUAUUUGAAUAGUUCGGUACAUCAAACAAUUAUAAAAGUAUUUACGUUUACAGGGACAACUGAUUAUAAUAUAUACAAAAUAAAUCAUAAAAAGAUUAUAAAAUAUACUCUAUAAUAUAAGUUAAAAAAAAUGCAUUUUAUAAAUUAGCACACUAAGGUGUCAAUGAAAGUACUAGUAUUUCUUUACAUAAUUGACAUUUAAACAUGUUGUGAAUAUCUAGUUUAUUUAUUGCUGAAAUUUUCCAAUUUUUUGUCACUAAGCAAGAUUAUUGUGUUCAUUGUUGCACUUUAGACCUUUUACAUUAUUUGAUAAUGAUCACAAUAACUGGAAAAUUUUGAUAAGUUUGGCUACUUUAGUAAUACGAUCAAUUUAUUAUCUAAUCAUUCGCCACUUUUAUUUACAACUUGUUUUUUUUACUCGUUUGUUCCGCGGUUCAUGCGUUUUGGUAUUGUUUAGUGUUUUUUAUUUAUUCAUUUAUUCAGCUUAAUUAAUUUUUUUGAGAUAUUUGAAAAUGACGCGAGAAUUUAUUUAUUUAAUUGGCCCAACUAAUAUUCAAAUUCUUGGCAGCAAAUUACCCUCCAUAGGUGACUGUAUGCGUGUAUUAUUUUAUAACAUGCGUUUUGCCAAAAUGACGUUGUCUGAAAGUUGUCUACUAGUAAUAGAGGAAUGUUUAAUUUUUUGGAGAAAAGCACGGAUUCCAACAAAAGAUAAAUCACACUGUGUAAAAAAGUUGAAAAAGGAAUAUGACGCUUGGAGGGCACUGGAAAAAAGUAAAAACCAUGGAAGCGAACAUCAAAAAAAUAAAGAAAAAAAUUAUAUAGAAAGUCUAAAUAAUCUUUUCGAUAUUGCUCAUCAAGAUGCACUAAAUAUAAUAAGUAUUGCAGAAGAUAGAAAAUUUUUGCUCUCACAGAGACUCCCCGGACGCCCCGGUUGUAUGCUUGGUGUAGAUAUGGUUCUUGAUGCUAAAGAAAAAAGAAAAGAAAAAAAAAUUGAAAAAGAAUUGAAUAAAAAAAGAAAACAUGAAUCAGAAGCCUUAAAGUUAUUCUCAGUUGAAACACUGUCAGAUAGGUCAGUAAGUUCGGAGGAGUAGAACAAUGAAAACCUGAUUUUAGAAGAACCUCAACCAGGUCCUUCUGGUACAAAUAGAGGCACAAUUCAGUUAAUUACACCUGAUUGCC